CGUCAUCAAACAGCGACACGAUUCAGACACGAGCCUGUGGUGUGGAGGCAGUGGGUCAGUGCUGGUCUGCUGAUGAAAAGAAUCAGCUGCUGGAGCUUUCACUGAUCUGGCAGUUGGAGCUCGCUUUGGCUGUUUUCUCUCCUAACGGCCGCGAUGUGUCAGGUGGAGGAAGAUUACCGGGGGGAGAUGGAGCGCGCCGCCGCGCCCAGUGUUUCAAAGAAAUGUGUCAAAUGCAAAGAGGCGCCUGCAGCUUUGGUCAUCAGAGCAGGAGAUGCGUACUGCAGGCUCUGUUUCAAAGAUUUCUUCAUUCACAAGUUCAAAGCUGUGCUCGGCAAGAACAGGAUCAUUUUCCCCGGAGAGAAGGUCCUGCUGGCUGUGUCCGGAGGCCCUUCUUCCUGUUCAAUGCUCAGACAAGUUCAAGAGGGUUUAAGUCAGAAAGCGAACAAGAAGCUGAGAUUCGUGCCUGGCGUUGCCUUCAUCGACGAGGGUGCUGCGAUAGGUCAGUCGGUGGAGGAGCGACAGAGGACAGUGGCUGAGCUCCAGGCAGUGUUUCAGGCUACUGGUUUCCCCUUCUACAUCUUACCUCUGGAGCAGGUGCUGGACCUGCCCGCUUCGGUCGUGGCGACCAAUCCGUCGCCCUCAGAGCAACCUGCCAGCGCCUACAAAGCAGCCGUGCAUCACUUUGUCGAGACUGACGGCAGCAACUUUCCGAGGCCACAAGAACCAAAGAAGACGCUGCUGCCUCGCGUUCAGGAGUCGCACACGCUGAUGCUGCAGCAGCUGCUCGGUUCAGUUAAAACGCUGACGGCCAGAGAAGAGCUGCUGAACACACUAAGGCAGCAUCUGCUGGUGCACACAGCUCGUACAGAGGGCUACAGCAAACUGAUGCUGGGAGACAGCUGCACCCGACUGGCUGUUAAACUUCUCACCAGUAUAUCACUGGGCAGAGGAGCCCAGCUGGCCCAGGACACAGGUUUCUCUGACUCCAGAUACGGUGACAUCAUAUUAGUGCGGCCAAUGAGAGACUACUCUGCCAAAGAAGUAGCUUACUACAACCAUCUGUUCACUGUGCCCUAUGUUGUUAUUCCAAGUGUGGACACGAAGACGGUGGAUAAGGCCAGCAUCCAACGUCUCACAGAGAGUUUUGUCACCAAACUGCAGACAGACUUCCCCUCCACUGUCAGCACCAUCUACAGGACCAGUGAGAAGCUGCAGACUGCAUGUAGGAAAAGGUCAGGAGCCGACGGCUGUGACCGAUGUCUGCUGUGUCUGUGCAGCCUGGAUACUGCUGUGGAGGCGGCGUCGGCCUUCCAGGCCACGCUCAUAUCAGAUCAGCUGUCCGGGUCCAAGUGUCUGCGAGGCAGCGCUGCUGAAACCCCGAGGCCAGAGCCAGGGAGGCCGGAGUCGCCGCCUCUCACCGCACAGUGCUGUUCCUCUGCAGAAGGGCGGGGCUGUGGGAGAGCAGGAAGUGAUGGAGGCUGCUGUUCUUCUGCUAAACUACCAGAAACAACACGUCUGAAGAGCCUGUUGUGUUACAGCUGUGCACUGACUGUCAGAGACAUGUCGACAGUGAAUCACCUCCCUCAGUACAUCCUGUCAGAGGCUCAGAGGAGGCAAAGGAGGUCUCAGAUGAGAGAGGAGAUCAGUGACUUCCUGCUGGACGAUGGUGACGAAGGAAAUUAGAAACAAAAGGAGAAGCCCCGCCCCCCACGCCAGAAGAGGGUGGAGGAAAGGUUUCUUCAAGGAAACUGGACACCGACACUCACACUUAAGCUCUGCAGGAAGGAACCGAGUUCAUGUUUAACAAUCACAUCAUUAGAGAUCGUGUGUGUGUGUGUGUGUGUGUGUGUGUGUGUGUGUGUGUGUCUGUGUGUGUGUGUGUGUGUGU